AUGUCAGCCAUUUUCUUCUUCUUUUUCUCCUUUCUCGCUCCCUUCCUUUAUUUCCUCCUCUCUAUUAUUUUCAUUUAUUUCUUCUCUCUUGUUUUCCUUGCCUUUCAUUUUUCUCUUUCUCAGAAAGCUUCACUUUCUUCAUUUUCUAAAUCUUCCUUUUUUUCUCACCCAUUUUUUCUCGCCUUCUUUUUUCUUUCCCUACUCUCCAUAAUUCCUUCUUCCACCCCUCACCCAUUGUUUAUACGUUCAUCAAAUUCUUCAUUUAUUUUCUUUCAUACCAAGUUUCAGGAUCUCGCUUUGCUUCCUUCUUUCCUUUUUUUUUUUAUAAAUCUUUUCACUUUCUCAUUAUUUUUCUGUUUUUCUUUUCUCAUUUUCGACUUUUUAUCCUUUUCCAUCUUUUUUUCUUUCCGUUCUUCAUUUUCUUUCUUUCUUUUUUUUCUUCCGUUUAGUCUUUUUACUUUCUUGCUUCAUUUCUCCUUUGCUUUCUUCUUCAUUUUCUCUUUUCUUUCCUUCUUUUUCUCUUUUGCUUUCUUCUUCAUUUUCUCUUUUCUUUCCUUCUUUUUCUCCUUUGCUUUCUUCUUCAUUUUCUUUUCUUUCCUUCUUUUCUCCUUUUUGUUUUCUUCUUCAUUUUCUCUUUUCUUUCCUUCUUUUUCUCCUUUGCUUUCUUCUUCAUUUUCUCUUUCCUCUCCUUCUUUUUCUCCUUUGCUUUCUUCUCCAUUUUCUCUUUUCUUUCCUUCUUUGUCUCCUUUGCUUUCUUCUUCAUUUUCUCUUUUCUUUCCUUCUUUUUCUCCUUUGCUUUCUUCUCCAUUUUCUCUUUCCUCUCCCUCUUUUUCUCCUUUCCUCUCCCUCUUUUUCUCCUUUGCUCUCCCUCUUUUUCUCUUCUGCUUUCCUUCUUUUCUUCUCCUUUGCAUUUUUUCAUUUUCAUCAUUCCUUACUUCAUUUUUUUCUUUUUACCCUUUUCAACAUUUUCUACUUUCUUUUCUUGUUUUUCUUCUUCUUCAUUCUUUUUUCUUCAUUUUCCUUUCUUUGCUUCGUUUUCUUCUUUCUUUUCAUGUUCUUCUUUUCUACUUUUUCUUUUCACCGUUUUCUUCUUUUUUUCUCUCCGUCUUCCUCUUUCUAUUGUGCUUAUCGUAUCGAUUAUUUGACUAG